AUGUCAUCCUUGUUUUGUGGAAUUGCAAUUCCCAAAAUAACGAGUUCGUUGUUUUUCUUGUUAUUGCAGAGCUCUGUGAGUGUCGAAAUUAAAUGCCCAUCACAUGAAAGAAAUUAUCUAUUGCAUUUCAAGGCUGCUCUUGUAGAUAACUCCAGCAAUUUACAGUCUUGGCAAGGCUUCAAUUGCUGUAAAUGGAAAGGUGUUGGUUGUAAAAGCCAUUCAGGUGGCCAUGUUACUCUACUCAACUUGACAGAUCAGAAAUUGGGAGGUGAGAUCCAUUCAUCGUUGUUUAGGCUUGAGUAUCUACAACAUUUAGAUCUCAGCCACAAUUCCUUUUCAGGAAUUCCCAUCCCUUCUGACCUUGGAAAACUCAAGAGACUCACUUUUCUUAGCUUCUUUUCUGGUGGGUUUCAAGGCAAAAUUCCUGUGACUCUGGCAAACUUGUGGAAUUUGCGCCACUUGGAGCUGAGCUCAACAGACAAUGUAGGAAAAUUGCAGAGUCCGAGUCUGUCAAUUUGGCUUAAAAAUAUGAAAAGAUUGGAACACCUCACUCUACAUAGAGUGGAAAUUUCUAGGGCAAAGGAGUGGGAAAAAGUUAUUACCAGUCUAUCCAAUCUUAGGUAUCUGCGCUUGUCUGAUUGUGGGCUAACAGGACUGCUUCCUUCCUCUCUAAAGAAUCUCUUCAAUGUUGUUCAUCUGGAUCUCUCUUCCAACAGCUUCACAGGGGUAAUGCCGCCUUCUUUGGGUCAUCUUCCAGCCCUUUCCUAUCUUGAUCUCAGCUCCAACCAUUUCAAUGGUACAAUUCCAUCCACAAUUUCAAGGCUUGUUAACUUAAAAUCACUUUUGCUCUCAUCCAACAGUUUAACAGGUUCCAUUUCCCUUUCCUUCUUUGAGAAUAUGACCAUCCUUGAACAGCUAGUACUUUCUCACAAUAACUUGACUGUGAGUGUCCCUUCCAUGAGUUGGACUCCGAAGUUUAAGAAGUUGUCUGGUCUUGGACUGGCUUCUUGUAGGUUGGCUAAAUUUCCUUUAUUUCUUCUGAAACAAUAUCAUAUGUUUGAGCUGGAUUUAUCUGGCAACAGUAUAGCAGGAAAUAUUCCGCCAUGGAUAUGGGAGUUUCCUGAGCUUUUUCGUCUCAACCUUUCAUCCAGCGAAUUAACUGGAAGAUUGCCAUUGAAGCUUGCAGCCAAGAAUCUUGGGUUCCUGGAUUUGCACAACAACAGCUUGGAGGGUGCUCUUCCUCUGCCACCUGCUGGUAUUUUACAUCUAGACAUGUCAAAUAAUAAUUUUACAGGUUCAAUUCCUGGUGACAUUAGAACAUAUCUUCAAUUGGCAGAGGUUUUCUGUAUCUUGCAGAAUAAGAUCAGUGGAAGAAUCCCAGAUUCUAUCUGCAACACAAAUAUGCAUGUUCUUGACUUGGCAGGCAAUAUGCUCAGCGGUACUAUUCCUCCUAAUUUUACAGCAAACUGUUUGGAUUUAAGAGUUUUGAGGUUGGGUGAAAACAAUCUGGUGGGUGAUAUGCCGGACGUGGGAAAUCUUAUAAAACUUCAGACGUUAGAUCUGAAUGGUAAUCAUCUACAAGGGCUUAUUGAAUCAUCUGUAGCAAAUUGCACUUCUCUCCAAGUUCUGAAUUUAGGAAAUAAUGAUUUUGAUGGCAGCAUUCCCCACAGGAUUGGUAAUCUAUCAAAACUGCAGAUUUUGAUGUUGAACUCCAAUAAAUUGCAAGGCACUAUUCCUCCCAGAAUCUUUGCCCUCGAGCAACUCCAAAUCUUAGACCUUUCUCACAACAAUCUUUCAGGUUCUAUACCAACAAGCCUCACUGGUUUACAGGCAAUGGUCAAUGCAUCACAGUUUAGUCCAGUGCAGCUAGGGUACAGGAUUUCAAAAGAUAUUUUGUGUAAGAAUGAGGUAACCCUUUCUACAAAAGGCCUCUUUCUUGAAUAUGAGAUUAUUCUUACAAAUUUCAAGUUUAUGGAUCUGUCAAGCAACAAUUUAUGGGGCAGGAUUCCUCCUGAUAUUGGAUCCCUUCAUGGUUUGAAAGGUCUUAAUCUUUCUAGAAAUUAUCUCAUUGGCAAGAUUCCAGAAACAAUCGGAGGCAUGGAUCAACUGGAGUCUCUAGAUCUUUCACUGAACAAUUUGAGUGGAAUUAUUCCUUUGGAACUGCAAUAUCUCAGUUAUUUGCAAGUCUUCAAUGUCUCUUACAACAGGCUUGAGGGAAAAGUACCUCAUGGAGGGCAACUUUUGACCUUUGAUAAGACAUCUUUCUUGGGCAAUGCCCAUCUAUGUGACAUUCCCUUCACCAACAGCACUUGCAACAUUUCUUUUUCAAAUGGUGAUGAUGGGAAAGAGACAAGUGAAGACAUUGAAGAUGACUCAGAAGUUCAGAAGGAAUAUUUCCUACUAGGGUUGGGCUUAAGUUAUGGGUUAGGGUUCUCCAUUUUCAUUGGAAUCCUCUCAUUAAAUAACAAGGUGAGGAAGGCCGUCUUCCAUCUUUAUGAUGCUAUCAUUGCGGGUAUGCAUCACUGUGGAUAG